AAACACAUUCUUUAUUUCUCUCUGUCACACAUGAGCACACACAGACACACACACACGUCGGUGCGGCUAUCCUUAUGAGGACUCUCCAUAGACAUAAUGAUUUUUAUACUGUACGAACUAUAGAUUCUAUCCCUUAACCCUACCCCUAAACCUAACCCUCACAAAAAAACUUUCUGCAUUUUUACAUUUUCAAUAAAACAUAGUUUAGUAUGUUUUUUAAGCGAUUUGAAUUAUGGGGACACUAAAAAUGUCCUCAUAAACCACAUUUAUAGCAUAAUACCCUUGUAAUUACCAGUUUGUAACCUAAAAAAAAGUCCUCGUAAAUCACUUAAACCCGCCCACACACACACACACACACACACACACGCACACAAACACACACUGGGUUAUUCCUACCCCAUAUAUAGGGGAACACAGAGGGCAGAAGUACUUCUGAAGAGCUCCUAGACUCCAGGUUCCAGUCUCUGCAAACAAGUGAAGCCUUUCUACCCCUUAAACCAGAAAGAACUGGGGAGAGCGAUAAAAGGAGGGACCAUCCCAGAGAUGGAGAGAAAGAGCUGAGCUUCAGGGUUGUGUUUGUAUUGACAAGAGUGUUCCACUGAAAAUUUGAAUAUGGUGUCCUGGAUGCCUGUUUGUUCAUUUUGGAUAAAGCAGAAAUGCCACUGUCCAACCAUGGUGAUGUCAUCAAAGUCACCCGCAUAGUCUCUGCCAUGCUGAACUCCCGUGAUGAUGAUGGUGUGUUGGUGGGAAACUAGAGUGGAGGCUACAUGUACGGUGUUCCUCUUGGACUGGCAGCGUGGAGAUCCUCCUGUGACUAUGCAGGCAGCAAAGGCCAAUCGGUCGGCUAUGCUCAGUGCUGGGUCUCUGCUGCUGUCUUAAACACCCUUACUUCUUGAAAUGCUUUCUCAGGACAAGUCAUAUUAAUUAAUACUGUAGGUCAAAUGAUCACUGAUCAUCUGAUUAAUUAGUGUCUACCCCACCCUGCCCCCCUCCAUCUACACAGUCUUGCGUUGUCUUGGGAUCCCCAGCAGGGUUGUUACAAACUUCUUCUCUGCUCACGACAAUAACGGUAACUUGAAGAUGGACAUCAUUCUGGAUGAAAAUGGAAAAGUAGACAAAGACCAAACCAGGGAUUCCAUCUGGUUCGUGCUGUUUCCAAUCCCAAACAUUUUGGAAGUUUUGGCAUUGUCAUGCAAGUGUUGUCGGAGUGAAGAGGAGCGCCAGGUGCUGGAGAAAGCCAAGGAGUUUGGCUGUCAGAGGGAAAAGGCUUCUCCCCCUAAGUGUGAUGUGGAUGUGGAGAUCCUUAGUCAGGAAGUUCGAGUGGGGGACACAUUUAACCUGACAGUGCAGUUUAACAAACACAGUGACCAGUGCCGCACUGUGAACAUGUACAUCAGUGGGAGUGUGGUGUAUUAUACUGGAGUCUCCAGCGCUGAGGUUGUGUUUGAAUCUCAAAAAGUAAAAUUAGAGCCACUGCAGGGUAAGGAGGAGAAAGUGGUGGUGCGAGGUGAGGACUACAUGCAUAAACUGGUGGAACAGGGAAACAUCCACUUCAUCACUACAGGGAAGGUUAAAGAGACAGGACAGAUCAUCACUGCAAUGAAAGUCGUCUCAAUGCACAAACCCAAGCUGAUCAUGAUGGUGACAGGUUCUCCAAGAGUGAGUGAAGAGAUGCAUGUGUCUGUCGAGUUCACCAACCCAUUUAAAUUCAAUCUGUAGAAUGUGGUUCUGCGUAUGGAGGGUCCAGGAAUCAUGCCCUUAAAACGCCAUGAGUACAGGUGAACUUAUUAUUGAAAGCCUUGCUCUGUGUUGCACUGAUUUUAAAGGAAUAAUUCACCCCAAAAUGACAAUUCUAUUAUUAUUUACUCACCCUCAUGUUGUUUUAAGCCCGUACCCAUAUGACUUCUUUCUUCUGUGGAACACUAAAUCCAUUGUAUAGACGAAUGUCCAAGCUGCUCUAUUUCAAGUCUGAAUUUGUGAAUAACAAUUACAUUUUCACUUUUCUUCACACAAAGUAUAAGUUCAAAAGGAACACAGCACUCAAGUUGUAUGGACAAUUUUUAUGGUGCUUAUUUUUUUUUCAUCCGACAGCCUCUGGUCACUGUAUGUUUUCACUGGAUAAAGAGCUGUGUGAAGAUUGAUGCGAGCGAAGUAUCUCCUUGUAUGUUCUGCUGAAAAAAAAAAAAAAAAAGCUUUUGAA